ACGAGGUCGCUUGGGAAGGAAGAACUUCACAGCAUUCCGAAAUAUGAAGCUGAUUCCCAUGGAAACAUCCUCAUCCUCUGAUGACAGUUGUGACAGUUUUGGUUCUGAUAAUUUUGCAAACACAAAACCCAAGUUUAGGUCAGAUAUUACGGAACAACUGGCAAAAAUCUUUUAUGAAGCUUCUGAUGAUGAAUCCUUCUGUGGGUUUUCAGAAAGUGAGAUUCAGGAUGCAUUGAAACUGGACUCAGAUUCAGAGGAGAAUGAUGUAAAUGCUGAAAGUGGGAUAACUCGACAAAGACAGAAAUGCUCUGUUCCUCUGAAGGUAGCCAUGAAGUUUCCACUCCGACGAUCGAAAAGGAGAAAGGAUGAGAUGGACUCUCUUCCUGAGGAGAUGGCGACUGUUCCGGAUUCGGACUCUGACUCUGAAGAAAAGGGGUCCGUGUUUUUAGAAAAAAGAGCUUUAAACAUAAAGGAAAACAAAGCAAUGCUUGCAAAGCUAAUGGCCGAGUUGCAGAGUGUUUCUGGGAUCUUUGGUGGGAGAAGAUCACUGCCAGCUGCCAGUCAUGCACCAAAGCGACUUCCAAGACGUUCCCUUCCCAAAAGUGCUUUGAGGAGGAACCCAGACCGGAGUUCUCGGCCUCACACAAGAUCCAGGUCCCUGAUUGAAGGUCCACCUACUGCUUUACCAGAGGAGGAGGAUGAUGAUGAUCGGUACUUCUUAGUGAGAAGAAGAAAGGUGUCUGAUGAGUACCUGGAGCACGAAGCCCAAACUCCCCGGAGAGGUCACCCUGGUGCCAUGGCUCUUCCACACAUUGUGCGUCCGGUUGAAGAGAUAACAGAGGAAGAACUGAAUAAUAUUUGUGGAUCUGCGAGAGAGAAAGUGUAUAACAGGGCCAUGGGCUCCACUUGUCAUCAGUGUCGCCAAAAAACCAUCGAUACCAAGACGAAUUGUCGUAACCCUGACUGCGUGGGAGUGCGGGGCCAGUUCUGCGGGCCCUGCCUCCGCAACAGGUACGGCGAGGACGUCCGAACGGCCUUGCUGGAUCCGACCUGGAAGUGUCCGCCGUGUCGUGGAAUCUGCAACUGCAGCUUCUGCAGGCAGCGAGACGGUCGAUGUGCUACUGGUGUCCUGGUUUACCUAGCCAAGUACCACGGCUACGACAACGUCCAUGCCUACUUGAAGAGUCUGAAACAAGAACUUGGAAUGGAAGACUGAAGCUGUGGCUGCCUUCAAACUGCCUGCUCCUUCACCAAUAUUUCAUUAUUACCUACAGUGAA